UUUAUUUAUUUAAAAUAUGAUCACAUGCUCCUCCAACCGGUUAUUUAAGGCUUUUCUAUUCUCUCAUUCCCCUCAUUCAUCAGCAAUGGCUUCUGUGAAUGUACUCUGGUCCAGUUGUGAAGUCUGUUCAAGAACUCUCCAUAAACGGUGUUGAACUGCCACACUAUUACAUCAGGCGAGAAGAUGACCGGCCUGUCAAAGCUUCUGCUCCUACCUCUCCAAUUCCGGUCAUUGAUCUUGAGCUUCUCUUCUCAGACUCUAAAGAGAAAGAGAUGGAGAAACUCAGGUCAGCUCUCAACUCAUGGGGCUUCUUUCAGACAGUGGGCCAUGGGAUCCCAAGCUCUUUGCUUGAUGAGGUGGGCAAGAUAGCAAGAGAAUUCUAUAAUCUUCCACCCGAGGAGAAAAGAAGAUACUCCACAGCAGUAGCAAAUGAGGAUGGUGAGGAAGGGUAUGGGAAUGAUGAUCAAAUUCCUGUAGAAAACCAGAUUAUAGAUUGGUCUGAUCGUCUCUAUCUCUUAGUACUGCCGGAGGAUCAAAGGAACACUACUCACUGGCCAGACAAUCCCACCACUUUCAGGAAAAUCUUUCAUGAGUAUACAAUGAAGAUCAAGGUGGUGGCCCACCUAAUCCUAAGGGCAUUAGCAAAUCUGGCCAAUUUGGAGGAAGACUACUUUGUGAAGGAGUUUGGUGGCAGGGCCAACCUGUAUGCAAGGUUUAACUACUACCCACCAUGUUCACGGCCCAAUCUUGUUCUCAGCAUCAAAUCCCACUCCGAUGGAUGCGCAAUCACCAUCCUUUUGCAGGACAACUCGGUGGACGGUCUUGAGGUCCUCAAAGAUGGAAAAUGGAUCAAGAUUCCCGCCAUUCCUCACGCUUUGCUAGUCAACAUAGGCGAUCAGUUGGAGAUAAUGAGCAAUGGAAUAUUCAAGAGCCCGGUACAUCGAGCUGUCACGAAUUCGGAGAAGGAGAGGAUGUCUGUGGCCAUGUUCUAUGCGCCGGAAAUGGAGAAAGAGAUUGGGCCCGCAGAUGGAUUGGUUGACAAUGGACGGUCCACAUUGUACCAGAAGAUGAAGGUGAAAGAAUACAUUGACCUCUAUGAUCAAUACUACUCACAAGGAAAGCGGGCCAUUGAUGCGGCCAAAGUUUGAUUGUUCAGAGCAAUGGCAUUUUUAGAUCAUGUAGUGUAGUUGUUCGGAGAGAGGGUGGUUUUAGUAGUAAUUUAUAAGUUUGGAUCUAUGGCCCAGAUUCAUGCUCCCCUGAUUAAGUGGGCCCACUUUGGGUCCCUUAGGUUGGGUUUGGCAUGAAAAGAUCUGUUAAUAAAUAAGUGGGUAGGGCCUCAUGUCCCUUGUUGUUUUCUCAAUAAGCUGGCUUUAAAUAAAUUUCACGUUUCCUUGAGA